UGUAGAAGCAUGCGCGUUGUGACAGUACACAAAAGCGAAAGGACGCACACGCCAUGUCUGGCGUGUGCCCAACUGCGCGCAUUGUCAUGGCAGCAAUAGCAUACUUUCGCGUGCUCUCCAUAAAGAGACGACAGCACAGGGUAGAUAUUGGAGCACACCAUAGCUAUCGCCGCACAAUGGAACUCCGCAUGCCGCAUCUUUGUUACCAGCUGCCUCCGAACACCAAACAACCACCACCACCUUCAGCGAGCAGUGCUGGAGCUUGGGCUCGCUCCAGCCACUUCGCCGGCGUUCUCCUUGCCCAGCCAUGUCCCCGGCGUGCGAGGGCUCUGAAGGUCGCUGCCCCCAACUCUCGCCCCCUUGAUGAGGCCAUCUGUACCAAGAACAUCAGCCACGGCACAAAACUGAGGUUCUCCCUCCCUUAUGUGUAUGUAUGUAUGUAUCCUUGGUCUACGCGAUACAGAGCGGACAAAAUUUUCCAAGUGGAGAUGACGGUCCGUGACUGCGAGCUUGACCAGCACGGGGUCGUCCACAAUGCUGCAUACGCGACUUACAUCGGAAAAGCUCGAGAAGGGUUGGCUGCAAGCCUUGGCAUCAGCAGAGACUCGAUCGCACGCACAGGCAAAGCUAUGGCACUCUCCGAGCUGGACCUCAAGUACUUCACGCCUCUGAUGCGCGGCGCCAGGUUCGUUGUUAUGGUUAGGGUCGUCCAGAUCAAGGGCGUGCGGAUGCUCGUCGAGCACUUCAUCGAGACGCUGCCGGAACGCAAGCUCGUCCUGGAAGCGACGGCCACCGUGGUCUUCCUCAACAAAGACUACCGCCCGACUCGCGUGUUCUCGGAGGUGUCGUCCAAGCUGCUGCACUUCUCAUCCUAG